CCUACAACAGUCUCGACAUGAAGAGGCGCAUGUUAGCUGUUGAGGUGGUUUUCCUCUUGACUGUUGGAUGGAUCCAGCAGGCGACUGGGUACGGAAGAGGGGCACCCGACACCACCUGCUCCACCAUGCUGCCUAGACACGGUCCCAAUCCUCAGACAUCUCCUUCUCCCUACGCAACCACACCUCUGCAGACGAGUGUGGAACCUGGGGGCACAAUCACCGUCAGGCUUGCAGCCAUCAAUCCUGCAGAUAAUUUCAGGGGUUUCCUCAUUCAUGCCACCAAUUCAAGCAGCCAGUCGUUCAUGGCGCUAGGCAGCUUUAUCAAUCCACCUUCCAACACCAAGUCUGUUACUUGCUCCCCGGGACUGCAGAAUUCUCUGACACAUGGCGACGGUAGGGGAAAGACCAGUUUGGAUAUCACGUGGCAGGCACCGGCCGAAUACCAAGGAGACGUCCAGUUUAGGGCCACCUUUGUCAAAGAUUAUAAUACAUUUUGGACGCAAGUUCCCGCUGUUGCGUUGGUGCGUGUCGGUCGCGCUUCUGGAGUGGUAACGCCCGCCUAUCAGGCACCCACGACAUACAGCCGUGAUCAGGCUUCGUAUCCUUACGUUCCGCCCUCAACCACGACGACAACAUCGACGAUGCCAACGACAACAUCCUCCACCACCACCACCACCACUCGAGUCGUCAGUACUUCUCCGAAUCCCAGCACUACCCAGUGGAGUUUUGCCAAACAGACUCCAGCCCCAACGGCGUCUGCACAGCUGCCAUCCAUUUACAUGGGCUGUGGUGAUGUCAAGGGUUGUUUUGGCCUGCAGGGAGGCACCUGCGUCCAGGAGGGUUCCUGUUCAGCCAUGGUCACCUACGCUGUUAAAGGCCAACGUUAUGAAUUUGAAUUGUGGGCCACCGAUACGCCGGCCAAUGCUUACGUCGCCGUGGCUUUCUCCGACGACGACAUUAUGGGCGACGAUAGCGUGUCUGAGUGCACUUUAGUCAACGGCAGGGUUAACGCCUACAUGUCCUACAACGAAGGCAAAAGCAACACCCGACUUCGAGACGCAACUAGUGGACUGAAAUUGAUGGAGGGAAAGUACAACGACGGCAAUUUGUACUGUCGUUUCGAGCGUCAAGCGCAGUUGGUCAUUGCCGAUAAACAUUUUGACAUGGCCAAGGAAUACCACCUAUUUUUGGCACGUGGCCCGGCUUCAGACAAUGGCAUUUCCUAUCACGAUAGGCAAAAAACUGUUACGGCUCGUUCCGUCAGUCUCGCUGAAACGGGUUCAGUUGGCGCCAGCAAAGGUACCUUGGUGAAACUUCAUGGAGCGUUGAUGGUGGCCGCGUGGAUGUUUGCCGCUUCGUGUGGCAUUUUAUUUGCUCGAUACUUUCGACUCACUUGGGUCGGCAAACAGCUCGGGGGUAAAGAUCUUUGGUUUGUGUUCCAUCGGAUCUUGAUGAUCAUCACGUGGCUCCUGACGGUCAUCGCCUUUGUUCUCAUUUUUAUCGAACUGGGAGGCUGGACGUCUCUACCGGUGACGACGAAUCCGCAUGCCGUCAUCGGAGUCGUUACCACCGUGCUGGCCUUCAUUCAACCUUUCAUGGCCUAUUUCCGGCCACAUCCUGGCACGCCCAAACGCUUCAUUUUCAACUGGGCUCAUUGGCUAGUUGGCAAUUCGGCUCACAUACUCGGCAUUGUCUGCAUCUUUUUGGCCGUCGACUUGGACAAGGCCGCCAUUCCCUACUGGGUCAAUUGGCUCCUAGUUGCCUAUGUGGCCGUCCAUGCCGCCAGUCACCUCGUUUUAUCGUUGGCCCAAUGUUGUUAUCACGCCGAUGGAAGCAGAAAGCCGACGGCCGUAUUUGCUAUGCGUGAUCUGGCCCCUCACCAGAGCAAUCAGAACCAUUUCUACUCGACGCAGCAGGACAAGAAGGAAGAUGCUCAUGGCUCCAUGUUCCGCCGGAUUAUGCUUGGAAUUUACAUCACGCUGGUGGCCAGUUUUGCGGCCGCCGUGAUCGCUACAAUAGUCAAUGGUCCCUGGGCCAAGCAAUGAGCUGUUGCGAGUUUUUAUUAUUAUUAUUAUUUUACUUUUUUUUUUACUUUUUCCUUCCCUUUUAAAUCAUCCUUUUGGUUUUAAUGAGCGGGUUUUCUUUUAAAUUUGUACGAGCGAAAACAAUGUUGAACUGUUUGGAGGCAAUCGACCUAUAUAUUUGUAUCGUAUUAUUGUAAAGUAAUCUUUUUGAAAAAAACUGAGUGCGAUCUCUUUUUAAUUGUCUUUUUAAUUUGGAAAGAAAAAAAGAAGACUACCGUCACAAAACAAUGUAUUUUUUUAUUUUAUUUUUUUUAAUGAGUUGUGCCGAUUGUGUCUUUUGUAAAUCUCCUAAAAAAACAAAACAUCACUGGGCUGGGUCUCCUUAUUCUUUUAUAUGGCAAUUUCUCUACUAUUUUCGCAAUUGUUUUAAUAAUUAUUAACUUGUGUAUUCCUUGAAUAUUUCCUUUGUUCCUCGCUAUAUAUAUUCAGCGCUGUAGCUGCAUUUAUUAAACGUGAAGGUUUUUACUGUU